UGCCCCACCAUGUCAGACACGGCAGUGGACACCAGAUCUGAGAUCACCACCAAGGACUUGAAGGAGAAGAACGAAGUUGUGGAAGAGGCAGAAAAUGGAAGAGACACACCUGCCAAUGGGAAUGCUAAUGACGAAAAUGGGGAGCAGGAGGCUGACAAUGAGGUAGAGGAGGAAGAGGAAGAAGGUGGGGAGGAAGAGGAGGAGGAGGAGGAAGGUGACAAUGAGGAAGAGGAUGGAGAUGAAGAUGAGGAAGCUGAGGCUCCUACGGGCAAGCGGGUAGCUGAAGAUGAUGAGGAUGAGGAUACCAAGAAGCAGAAGACUGAUGAGGAUGACUAG